UGUCAUUACUUGACAUGUGCGCGCGGUAUCGGUUGUAGUACAACAACAAUAUACCACUAUUCUCGCUCCCAGCGACUUGCUGGUUGAUGCUGAGGUAUUCUCGCUCCCAGCGACUUGCUGGUUGAUGCUGAGGUAUUCUCGCUCCCAGCGACUUGCUGGUUGAUGCUGAGGUAACGCACUGUGUCCUCCUGCUGCAGUAACACAGAAACGGCGAUUGGGUGCCUGAAGGCACUGGAUAUGUCGGCCGCUGACGCAGAGCGGCUGUUUGAGUGGGCACCGGACGGGAGUGAUGCCCCAUGUACACCGCCAAUAAUCGCCGCCCCCCACCAGGCUCAGCAAGAGCAGCGGCAGCGGCAAGAGGAGGAGGAGAAGCGGCGGCAGCAGCAGCAGCGGCAGCAAGCACAACAGCAAGCCCAGCAGCGGGAGAAAGAGGCGCAGCAGCUGUGGCGCGAGUCUCAGGUGCGGGGCCGGGCUGAAGCCAAGAAACGUCAGCUGCAAGUACAGGAGCGACGGCAGCAAGCACUGGAGGCAAAGCGCCAAUGGCACGAGAGGGAAGAGGGGCGGCAGGAGGAGCGGCGGCAGAAGCAGCAGCAGCAGGAGCAGCAGCAGCGGCGGCAGUUUGAAGAAGAGGAGGAGCACGUCGGUGCAUCGCACCACGCACCAGGAACACACCAGCCCCAGCACCAGCACCCGCAAAGUCGUGGGGGGAGGAGACGGCGGAGGUGGGCAGGCGGGCCUAUGGUUUCGCCCACCCAUUCUUAUCAUGGGCAGAUAAUCAAUAUCCACAAUGUGUACACUGGGCGGCAGCCAAGGAAUCGGGGACGGGGACGUGGUCGUGGACGUGGACGUGCCAGUGAAGUGGAGAGGUCGGCGUAGUUGUGCGGCGGGGAAGGCGAAAUGCACGACCUUGUUGGAAAUAAAAGAUUGUAGCAUGAA